AUGAAGAGCUUUAGGCAGAAAUUAUCUCGAACCAAAGAUUCGUCCAAAACCUCAUCCAAGAAGGAGAAGGGUACCUCGCCUACCCCCGGACAGGCAGCUCCUUCGUCAUCCUCAACCUCUGACAAGAAGGCGUCGACCCAGUCUCCCGCUGGAUCAUCAUCGGCAGCUUCAUUGGCGAACUUACAGCAACAGAUCGCAGCAAGUCCGUCAAGGCUGAUUACACCAUCAGUCAUUAUUAGUCCGUCUUCAGCUCCUCAUAUCCCCCCUCCAGGUGCUGCUGAAACCAUGCCCGGUGACCUUGCGCCGCCAAAGGCUGGAGCAAAGGGUGUAGCUUUCGACAGACUACACACAGCACCCAAAGCAGACCAGAUCCCAGAGGGACUGAAGACGCCCAAGAGGCAGCAUAGUUCCAGGUUCGAUAUCUCAGAGAAGAGGGAGCUAGAAAAGUUGCCCGGAUUUCAUGAGGUACCCCCUCAGAGGCGCCAAGACUUGUUCAUGCAGAAGAUUGAACAAUGCAACGUCAUCUUUGAUUUCAACGAUGCUUCCGCAGAUAUGAAGUCCAAGGAAAUUAAGCGUUUGGCUCUUCAUGAAUUACUUGAUUAUGUCGCCAAUAACCGCUCGGUCAUCAAUGAGCCAAUGUACCCCAAAGUUGUAGAGAUGUUCGCCAAGAAUCUCUUCAGACCCAUCCCACCUCCGGUGAACCCUGUGGGCGACGCCUUUGAUCCGGAAGAGGACGAGCCUGUUCUAGAGGUUGCGUGGCCGCAUAUUCAGGUUGUCUAUGAAUUCUUUUUGAGGUUCAUUGAAAGCCAAGACUUCAAUACAAACAUUGCGAAACAGUACAUUGAUCACCAAUUCGUUCUCCAAUUACUUGAACUUUUCGACUCCGAGGAUCCCCGAGAGCGCGAUUUCUUGAAAACUACACUCCACCGUAUCUAUGGGAAAUUCCUCAACCUCCGAUCAUACAUCCGACGAUCUAUCAACAACGUCUUUUUCCAGUUUGUAUAUGAGACAGAGCGCUUCAAUGGGAUUGCCGAAUUAUUGGAGAUCUUGGGAAGUAUUAUCAACGGUUUUGCCCUGCCACUCAAGGAGGAGCAUAAGUUGUUCUUGACCAGGGUUCUCUUACCUCUACACAAAGUCAAGAGCUUGAGUAUGUACCACCCACAGCUGGCAUACUGUAUAGUACAGUUUUUGGAGAAGGAUGCGGCUUUGACUGAGGAGGUCGUGCUCGGUUUGUUAAGAUACUGGCCCAAGGUCAAUAGUACUAAAGAGGUCAUGUACUUGAACGAAGUCGAGGAUAUUUUUGAAGUGAUGGACCCGGCAGAGUUUGCUAAAGUUCAGGAACCACUUUUCCAUCAACUAGCUAAGAGCGUUGCUAGCCCACAUUUCCAGGUCGCUGAGAGAGCGCUAUACUUCUGGAACAAUGAGUACUUUUGUAACUUGGUGAGCGACAAUGUCGAAGUCAUUUUACCAAUUAUGUUUGCACCGCUUUAUGAAAACUCCAAGGGUCACUGGAACAGGACAAUCCAUGGAAUGGUAUAUAACGCCAUGAAGCUAUUUAUGGAGAUUAACCCAACGCUCUUUGACGAAUGCACGGCCGCGUAUGCAACCGAUCAAGAAACCGCACCCCAAAGACUCGCCGACAGAGAGAGCGUGUGGAAAAUGUUGGAGGAGAAGGCAACUCUGAAUCGGAAACCCCGACCAACAAGUGAUGAUGAUAGUACCGGAGAAAGCCAGAGGCAAAUGGACGCAUUGAACAUUCAGGAUGAAGGCGCGAAGGUGGUAGGUGUCGCAUAG